CUCUUUGAUGCGCCUGCCGUUAUUUUCAGAGGAGUAGCUUAUUGCUGAGCAACGGAGGAAGAGAAGGCCAGCGCUCCCAGGGCUGGGCUCCACACACACCUUCAGAAGCGACUCACAGCUUACAGAAAAGGGAUGGCCUAGCUUCGUUGUCCUGCUAGUGGUCAGUGAUCAGCUGUGGUCUUUCCCCUGGGCCAGAGAGGUUUGCACAAGAGGAAGCGGCAGGGUGCAGACAUGAGCGUGACCUCCUGGUUCCUGGUGAGCAGUGGGGGAACUCGUCAUCGACUCCCCCGGGAAAUGAUCUUCGUGGGAAGGGAUGACUGCGAGCUCAUGCUGCAGUCUCGUAGCGUCGACAAGCAGCAUGCAGUCAUCAACUAUGAGACGGGGACAGAUGAACACAAGGUGAAGGACUUGGGAAGCCUGAAUGGGACCUUCGUAAACGAUGUCCGCAUUCAGGAGCAGAUGUAUAUCACUCUAAAGUUGGAGGACAAGCUGAGGUUUGGAUAUGAUACCAAUCUGUUCACUGUGGUGAGAGGAGAGCUCACCGUGCCUGAAGAGGCUCUAAAACAUGAAAAGUUCACCAGCGGCCUCCAGCUCAGCAAGAAGCCUUCCAACGGUGAAACCACUGCCAACACAACCACAAGCAAUUCUCCUUCAAAGACUGCAAUAAAAACGCCAAAGUCACCUAGCAGCAGCAACUCGAAGUCUGCGGGGAGCAGAGCAACAGAUGGGCUCGCCUCCUCCAGGGAACACUCAGCUAAACCUGUGGACUCUCACAAAGCAGAGGAGAGGAUAGGAGGGGACAUUACAGCUAUGCCCCGUGGGACGCCGCUGUACGGCCAGCCCUCGUGGUGGGGGGACGGAGACGCAGAUGAUGAGAAUUCCUUCAAACAGGAAACAAAGUCGUCCUCAUCCAAAAAACAUGACGGCUCCAUGUCAGAAAGUAAAGAAACCCGCAGAGGAGAGAGAGCUAAAGAGGACGGCCUUCAUGCAUCUCCUGCUCUGGAUUCCAGUUACUUUGAGGUCCCUACAAAGGAAGGUCACAUGGCAAAUAAUGGCAUCCAUGAAAUUCCCACUAAGGACACAGAGGAUGUGACUUCUCAAGGCCAAAGCGCAGCAGCUCAAGGUCACGCCUCCUUCACCAUAGAGUUUGACAGCACCUCUCCGGGGAAAGUCACCAUUAAAGACCAUGUGUCCAAGUUCACGUCGGACCACCAGAGAUCCCGCACCAAGAAGAGCGGAGUGGGGAGCAAAGACCUCACCACGCUGCAGGCCGCCAUGAUGGCUUCUGAAAGCAAAGUAGCUGAUUGGCUGGCUCAUAAUGACCCAACUCUGGUGCGCAGUGAAUCAACAGAGGAUGACGGCAAGAGCACCAAGAGCAUCAAGAGCGAUGUCCCGGUCCACCUUAAAAAGCUCAAAGUAGGGAGCAAACAUGAGGACGGCACCCAGAGUGACUCUGAGAACGGACUAGGCCUGCGUUUCGCCAACCGUAGACACGCCCUCGAGGAACGCCUUAAAACAGGACACAAUCUCGUGGGUGGAGGAGCAGCAGGAGCGACCACAACUGUCGGUGGGGCCAAACAUGCUGGGAGCCGAACAGCGUUCAUGAUCGAGUUCUACGAUGAGGAAAACCCUCGCAAGCGGCGGUCUUACUCGUUCUCCCAGACCGCUCCCCUACUUGGGGGCGGAGUAGGCGGGGAAGGACUGUGUCCUCAGCCUCCCUCUCACCCGAAGGUGUUUAGCAUUUCUACGUCUGCCGCCUCAGCUGCAGAUUCAGGUAAAGCUCCAGCUCCGAUACCAGCUACAGUGACUGCUGGCGCUCCGACUGCUGCCCGUGUGCUCCUUAAGCAAAGGUCAGAAGACCAAAGUAUCGGUCGGAGCUCGGCUAGUACUGGGCUAGCGACGGGCAGCCCCACAACCCCCAGCGAGGACACAUCAGUUCUCGGUAGAGGAGCAGGAACUGCGGGCGGAGAGGCAGAUGACGACCAUAGUGAUAAAGGGACCUACACUAUCGAGCUGGAGAACAAAAACCCAGAAGAAGAAGAGGCCAGGCGUAUGAUAGACAAGGUGUUCGGGGUUCAGGACAAUACGAGUGCCUCCCUUCUGUCUGACUUGAAAGGAAAGGAUUCAGGCGAAAUUGGGAAACAGGCUCUUGGUGACCCUAGCUGGGUCUCUCAGUGGGCCAGUUUAGCUGCUAAUCAAGCCAGGACAGACCCAGAAGGCUCUGGUGCAGAAGCAGCAACAUUCCUGCACAAAGAAAGAGGAGCUGAUGCCUUUGAGUCUACAGCCCCUCCCCUGGACAAAGGUGAACCCUCUUCCAGCCUGACUGACCGUAAGCGCAGGACCCUCCCCCAGCUCCCAGUGGAUGACCCCCGGGCUAAAUCCAGUCCCAAAGCACUGAGGUCUGAGAUAGGGGAGAAACAAGACACGGAACCCCAGGAAAAAGAGAACAAGGGAGACGGAGAGUCCCCAACCCCCAUGGAGGGUGUAGGAAUGACCAACAAGCUGAAACAAAGCUCCACCACUUCCUCUCCAUCUAAAGGUCCUAUCCGGACCAGCGAAAGGAGGAAGAAGUCAGAGGAGAGGAAUGAGAGAGAAGCAGGAGAAGGAGGAGAGAAAUCCGGGAAGCUUCUUGUCCGCCAGGGUAGCUUUACCAUAGAGAAGCCCAGUUCUAGUGUCCCUCCAGAGCUCAUCCCUCGGAUCAACAAAGGCAACAAUGGGCGUGAACGCAGUGACUCUGUGGGCAGUAUGGAUACAGCAACUCUACUUAAAGACACAGAGGCUGUCAUGGCAUUUCUGGAGGCUAAGCUCAGAGAUGAGAACAAACUAGACCAAAAAAGUGGUAAAACUCCUCUAGGUACUGGCCAAUGCCUUCCUGCUCGGACUGGCUCUAUAUCUCCUGAGUCAGAUGUGGACACAACAAGCACAGCUAGUCACGCUGCUGCAGAAGCAGGGGGAAAGACUGCAACUGGCAGCAUGCAAAAGCGAAAGUCUUUUAGCAGCAUGCAUCGGGAAAAGAGCAACAUGAGCACAGCCUCUAAGACAACCUCUGGAAACUCUAGUGCUCGGGAACGCUUGGAGAGGAAGGCUAAAGGCAAAACGGCUGAAGCAACAACCCGGAAUGAGACACGUCGCUCCUCGCAGCCCACCUCUAGAGGGCGCCAGCCUUCUCUGGAUCUCACUGAUGAUGACCAGACCUCUUCCUUCCCCAUCUCAGACAUUCUUUCUUCAGACCAGGAAACCUAUUCUGGGCCUUUGGGGAACUCGGUGCAUAGACGAGGCUCAGAGGAUGUCCUCAAUUCCAAACUUGAUGGCAGAUCUUCCAAAACGAGCAUGAGCAGCGCCUCUAAAAGCAACCGAAAUCUUCAGGCAGCAACAGCCUCUUCACUAAAUAAACAGGCCUCUCUGCCUCAACCACGGCCCACCAGAGCCUCCCUACUCCGCCGGGCCCGUCUGGGUGAUACGUCUGACACAGACCUGGCCGACGCAGACCGUGUUUCUGUAGCCUCAGAGGUGUCCACAACAAGCUCCACCUCGAAGCCACCAACCGGUCGGAAGGGGUUGUCACGGCUGGACAUGCUGGCUCAGCCGCGGAGGAACCGUCUGGGCUCCAUCUCAGCGCGCAGUGACUCAGAGUGCACAGUAAGCCGGCCCUCCUCCUCUUCGACCCGCCUGUCCGCCGAGACCGCUCUACGUCUCGGCCUGCGCUCCUCAACACCCACAGAAAACCGUCUGACGUCAAAGAUGAGAGCAAAUAGCGUAUCAAAACUCAACGAGCCAAAGGCCAAAACCACUACAUCUGGAUACUGUUCGCCCACAGUGUCCAGCAGCAGCCGGUGGAGGCGUCUGCCACCGGAGUACGGAUCCACCUCUGAAGAGGAGUUUGGUUCCGGCCGGAACUCUGCAAAGCAUGGAGUUCGCUCCCACGUCCGGCCCCAUCAUCUCGUCCAAAACCGCGGCUCAAAGCUCAGCUCCACCUCAAGCGCAGGACCACCAGGAGUGGGGCAGGGUCCCGGCGGCGUAGGCAUCAAACACCGCAUGAAAGAGCAAGAUGGUUACAUCAGGGACUGGACUGCUCACAGCGAAGAAAUAGCCAGGUUGUUCCCAUGUGUGCGCAGGAUCAGCCAGGACCUGGCUAAGGACCUGGCCAUCUUGGCCCGUGAGAUCCACGAUGUUGCCGGGGAGAUAGAUUCAGUCAGCUCCUCCGGCACCGCCCCGAGCACCACCGUCAGCACAGCUGCCACCACCCCGGGCUCGGCCAUCGACACCCGGGAAGAGGUAGGCCCUGCACGCCCCACGCAGCCGGACAUACAGGAGAGCAUGAAAAAGUUGGUGGAUCGAGUGUUCGAUGAAAGCCUCAAAUUCAGAAAGAUCCCUCCGGUUAUUUCGUCCAAUAAGCCACCAGAGAUCAAUGGAAAGCCUGUGGAGCACCAACCCAGAGCCCCGGACAGCCGGGAACCACGGGCCUUACGGAGGCGCACCUGGAACCGAGAGGAGGCGGUGUUGGACAGCCUUCUUAUCCACUCCGUGUCUCAGCUGUCGACCAAGAUCAGACACUCCGUGGACAGAACAGCAGGAAAGAUCAGGAUCUUGUUCAAAGAUAAGGACAGGAACUGGGAUGAGAUUGAGAGUCAACUGAAGUCAGAGAGUGAAGCUCCACUUCUGAAAACCUCCAAUAAGGAAAUCUCCUCGAUUUUUCUUGAACUAAAGCGAGUUGAGAAGCAGAUCCAAGUGAUUAACGUGAUGGUAGACCCAGACGGGACUUUAGACGCCUUGGCCAGCCUCAGCCUGAGCAGCCCGACCAAGUCCCAAACCUCCAAAACCACGCCUCCCUCCACCAGCAGCCCAGCCAAAGACUCGCUGCCAGAGAUCCUUCCGGGGCCUGGAGCUUCAGCAGCCUCCACCAGGGUUCAGUCCUCCACCAGCAUGGAGGGCAGCACGAGAGAGAGCAUCGUAGGUCUGGGUCUAACAAGCGUUGGAGGGCUGCCAUUCAGUCGCAGGCGGCCGAGUGGAGAAGAGGCCAUUGCACAGAAAUGAAUAGAGCGGUUUAGAUAGGGAAUCAAUAAGACCCGGGCAUGUAGUAGUGCGUAGCUGGCUGACAGAGACACAGUCUUCUCUUUAUCCAUCGGUCACCAUUUUCCUGGCUACUUGUUGACUGAUUGAUCAUCUAAACACCCUCAUACAGAACCUGACCCAUGAUUAAUCAAAUAGCCUGACAAAAACCAUCUCCGCCUCCAGCUGCUUGGCCCAGUAACCCACCUGUCAUCCUAAUGGAUGGACGGAUGGACGCUACCAGCGGACGGCCUCCUUCCCCCCUCAUUCCUUCCUCAUGUGUUUGGACCCUUCCUACACUAACGACAUGCCUUAAAACACCUCCUCCAUAGCAGCAUUACACCUUUUCCACCUCAGACGCCACACAUUUUUUAUGACUUAAUUUUUCAGACAAAUUGAAUGCAUUGCAAAAAAAAAAAAUAAUCGUUUUAGUUGCAAACAAGGGUUGGAAUAUAGAAGUAUUGAGAUUAUGCCGGAAAUAAAGACCCAUUUUAACUCAAAGAAAAUGAUCUUAAUCGACUUAUAGCUGCUGACUUGCCUGUUUAACUCCUCUCCCCCUUUUUGUCCUCUUUCUUCCGUAGCUUAAACUCAUAUCAACAUGGCGGCUUCAGCCAGCAGAGCAGCUUGGCUCAUUGCUCACCAAAGUGUAGCCAUUUUCACACUGUUGUGCCAUUUUUUUAAACCAAUAUAUUUUUAGAAAGUAAAAAAAAUUUAUGUUUUGCUUUGCUGGAUGUGAACAGCCAUAUUCUUUCCUAGUAUAGGUGAAUCUGCAUCCUUAUUUAUAAGCCGCCAUGAAAAGAGGAAGAAAAGAGUUUGAUUGCAGCAACUCACACAGAACAUUUUUUUUAAAUCAAACAAUUAUGAAGCAGCGAUAAAACCUGCUGUUUGUAAAUAACUGAUUUUUUUUUUUUAAUCACUGGUGCUAAAUAACUGGUUCCCCUAUCAGUUGAGAUAAAAAUGUGAUGUCAGUUUGCCCGUUUUAAUUAAUUAAACCUCGUCUGACACAAACAAACCUUAUUUUUGUAGCAAAACAAUCAGUUAUUGUUAAACCAGAGCAUACAUGAGGGGUAUGUUCCUUUCUAUUUUCUUUAUACAGGGCCUUUUUAUUUAUUUACGAACAGGAUUACGGGUCAACUGAAGAGAAAAUGUUCUGUGUGAGAUUAUAUUAGUGUAAAAGAUUCAUUUUUAUAAGGCUUUUUAAGGGUGCUAAUUGAUGUAGAAGGUGCUGUGUCUAUUUUUUCCCCCAAUCAGCUAUAUUUUCUAAUUUUCUCCUGUGGUAUCAUGGAACUUCUAUUUCACUGAGUCGCUGUUUAAACCCAUAGUUUUUUUUUUUGCCACUGUAAUCCAUAAAUCUUUAAUAAGGAGUCUCUAAGAUAACAUAAAUCACAAAUAUCCCUUUUCAUUUUUAAAAAUAGCUGCCGUCUUUUAUGAAUUCGCUUGCAAACCCUGAGGCUUCGUUCAGCGUCACCUAUGAAGGGUCACUCCAACUUACCUGGACUGUUUCAAACGGCUUGUUUUCCUUUUAUUUUCAACAACUCCGCCGCUUUUUUAGUUACUUUACAGAGACUCAGCAUUCUAACAUCUCCUCAGCUUGUAGUCUGUAUGUAGACUAGGUAAAAGAUUAAAGCAGUGUAUUAGUGCUUAGAAACCUAAAACAAUAGUGAUUUUAGGUACCAGAAUACAUGUACUCUGUACUGUACUGUAUGCUGAUUUUAAAUGCCUGAAAGUGCCCGUUUGAAAGGACGGAGGGGCAUUGAUUAAUAAGAAAAAGGUGCAGUUCUUUAAAGGAUUUAUUUUGCACAUCUCAUAAAGCAUUAAACUGAGGAUAUCAGUCUGUCUGGUAUCAGAAGUGACUGCCUUGCUUGUCUGAACCUGUUUUGUUGCCACUUCUUCCUUCUCCUGAUGCCCAUUGAAAACCUUAGGGGACUGUGAAUGCUAGGUACAUGUAGGUAUAUUUUGUAAAUGCUACACGUGUCGUUGAAUCAGUGUUCUUUGUAUUUUGUUUUUCUUACUUUGUAAAGGAAAAAUACUUUUAUUUAUUUUGUUUUAAUAUUAUGUGGAUGUUUUAAGCAUUUUAUAUUCGUUCAACUAUCUGCAUUCUUACUGUUAAUAAAAAAAAGAGCUAUU